AUGGCAGAAGAUGUCAAUAAUUCAGAGACAAUAAUACGAACAUGUGAAUAUUCUUCAGAAUAUUGUCCUAGUUGUUAUCCAGUAUUUUCAUGUAAAUAUAUUUUUAAAUUAUUAUUAAAAUUCAUAGUAUACAUAUUUGGUUAUUCAUUGUAUUCAAGAUUAUUAACAUUAUUAUUAAUAUUACAAGCAGCUGUUCUAUGGAUUGGUUAUUCAUUAAAUUUUGUUUUACAAUUAUUAUUUAUGCCAUUUUUACAUUUUAAUAAUAAAUCAUUACCAUUAGUUAAUUUCAUAUUUUUUCUAUCAUGUUAUUUUUUAUUACCUGGUAUUAUAUCAUUUUCAUCCCAUUAUUUUUGGUUUAUUAUACAAUUUGGUUUUCAUUGUUAUACAAAUGAUGGAAUUAAAUUAGAACAAAUUUAUGAUGAUACAGUACAUAUUUGUCAUUGUUGUUCUAAACGUGGACAACAAAUAAAAUUGAUAGAGAAAAAAGAUGAUGACAAUAAUGAUGAUACUUUAUUAUGUUUUCCACAGAAAAAGUUUACAGAUAUAUCUAUGAAAGAAAUUUAUCGAAUUAUUAUCACAUUAUGUACAACUAGUUAUAUUAUAUUUUCUGGUUCUGAAGAUUUAUUAACUCGUAUAAUAAUAUCAUUAGGUCUUAUUCCACUAGGAUUAAUGUGGAUUUUACAUAUAAUGCAUUUAUUUGGUAUUUGUUUUUUUGUUAAAAAAUGUUUUUAUGCUAAAAUAAAUGAUAUGGAUCAUUUUAAAAGUCAAAUUGAUGAUAGUGAAAUGAAUUCAGAUAUACAAUAUAUUCAAAUUUUUGGAUUAUUUUCAAUAGUAAUGAUAAUAACUAGUAGUAAUAUAAUGGGAUUAUAUGUGCCGUAUCAUAUAAUAGUUGUACUACUAUUGUUCUCUAUUUAUAUUUUACUAUAUAAUCAAACACCAAUAAAAAUUAUUCAUAUUGAUAAUGAUAAAAUAUGUUGUUGUUGUUAUAAUAAAAAAUUAAUGAUAGAAAAAAAUUUAUUUUAUACACGUAACUUGUUAGUAAAAUUAAUUGAAAGAAUUAUUCAAUCAUCAUUAACAAUGAAGAAAAAUAAACAAUUGCAUACAUAUAAAUUAUUUAUAUUAAUUAUUCUUUAUACGAUGGUCAUAUCAUUUCAUAUAAUGUUUACACAUUUUUUCAGUGAAAAUAGAUUAUUUAUGACGGAUAUUAUAAAAAUGAUUCUUAUUUUACUUUGGUUACCACCUAUUUUUAAUCAAAAAACAAAUCAAUGGAUUAUAAAUAAACAAAUGUUUCUUGUGCAAAUUUUAUUAAUUUUAAUGUGUUUAACAUCAAUUUUGGGUAUUCUUGUUUUUGGUAGUUUGGUUCAUGAAGAAACGAUACAUAAUAAAGAUAAUCAGUCGUUAUAUCAUCAACAAUUAUCUGGUAGUUAUAAUACGUUUGACAAUAACAAACAACAACAAUAUCGAAUGCAAGCAUGUUAUUGGAACUUUAAUAAAUUUAAUAUACAAGAUAUGACUCUAUUGGCUGCAUUAGCUUAUAUGCCAACAGAACAACUGAAGUUAGAUAUAAAACAUUUUUAUCCAAAUAAUGAAUUCAUCUUUGAUGAACAAUUUCAAAAUUAUAAAGAACAUGGCCAUGGCGAAAUAACUUAUUACACUUUAGAUACAUCAGAAGCAGUUAUUGUAGUUAUACGUGGUACAACAUUACUCUAUGAAUGGUUAAUUGAUUUCGAUAUAUGGACAGAAUCAUCAAUAAGUCAAAUGAUUUCAAUUUUGUUUCCAUGGUCAAGAUUAUAUCCUCGUGGUGUUCAUAAAAUAAUUGUGAAGCAGAUGUCAUUAUUAGAAAAUUUCAUUAAUGAUAAUAGUAAUGAAUUAGAACAAUCAUCUAAACGUUUUUAUGUUAAACAAAUGAUUAAAAUCUUAAAACAGAUAAAUGAUAAAUAUAAAAAUAAGCCACUUAUAUUAGUUGGACAUUCACUUGGUGGUGGUCUGGCUAAACUAGCUGGUAUUGCAUUGGAUAAUACAGCGGUUAUUAUAUCGAUUAGUGGGCCGGGUGUAUUGUAUUCACGUGCUAAAUACGACGAAACGAAAAAUAUUCUCAUGGAUACAAUCAAUCACCGUAUAUUUAACAUAAUUCAUGAUCGUGAUGUUGUUCCAUGGGCAGAUAAACAGGCUGGACUUAUUCAACAAAUAACAUGUCCAAAAGCAUAUAGCAGAUUACAAUGUCAUUCCAUAAAUCCAAUAUUCUGUAAUUUACUGAAAAAUUGUGGAAAUCCAAGAGGAUUUAAAAUAAAUAAAGAAAUAUGCCAGCCAUAA